AUGGGUUACAUACAGUUCGACAAGGUGGACGUGCCCGAGGACAACGUGGUGUCGCUCGGGCACCUGAACAAGCAGCUUCAGAAGCAGCUGGAGAGGCAGCUGGAGAAGCAGCUGGAGAAACAGCUGGAGAAACAGCGCGCGGAUCCGGCGCCGGACGCGGCAGCCGAGCGCCGCGGUCACGUGCUGCGCACCACCGCGUCGCCCACGUCCGUUUCGACGGCCGAGAUCUGGCGGCUGCUGCUGGACGCGGACGCGGCGGCCGCCGCCGCGGCCGGUAGCGGCCGGGUUUCGGAGCCCGUGGAAAAGCCGUCGCUCGACGAGGAGCUCUGCGGGCUGCGGUUCGACACCGUGCCGGCGCCGAUGUCGGCGCCGGCGCUGGCGCACAGCGGCAGCUCGACCCCCACGACCGUGGGGGCGGGGCUGGAGCUGCAGCUGCAGCUCGGGUUGGGGUUGGAGCUGGAGCUGGGGGUGGAGAUGGAGACGGAGAUGGGGCUGGGGGUGGAGCGCGACGUUUUAACGUCGGGGCCCUCCGGCGCCGGCGGCAGCUGCAGCGACCUCGACGUUUUAACGUCGGCGGCUAUCGCGUCGGCGGCCGCCGCCGCUUCCGCCUCCGCGCCCUUCCAGUGCCCCCACUGCCCCUCCCACUUCAAAGUCAAGGGCUAUCUCACCCGGCACAUGAAGAAGCACGCCGCAAACAAGGACUUCCGGUGUCCCUACUGGUCCGCGCACUGCAAGUGCCACCCCACCGGCGAGUUCUCGCGCAAAGACACCUUCAAGACGCAUCUCAAGAGCAUCCACUUCGUCUACCCCGUGGGCGUCAUCAAGUCGCAGCGCAACCGCUCCAAAGGGCGCUGCGCCGCGUGUUUCCAGGAGUUUGAUUCCAACUCCGACUGGCUCGCGGUGCACGUCGAGACCGGCGCCUGCAAAGGGCUGCCCGCCGUCAAAAGUGAGGACGGGCCGUGGCAGUACCCAUAG